AUGGCCAGCACUCUUCACAGAGAGACAGUGUUUGCUGAGUUUAAUAGAAUCGCCAGUAAGAAUCUUGAAGGAGACUUCUUUGAGGCGCUGGACCAGUACGCGCCACGUUUCAUCGAACUCUUCAAAACAAAGAAGGGAACUGUUGGCCAGAAACUCAUGGAGCUGAUGCAGCACAUGAGCUGGAUGACACCAGACGUGACAGUACUUCGCUCUGUUGUCCUCAAAGGCAUUCCCAUUUUACUCUGUGAUGACUCCAGUGAAUUCUACAAGACCUGCUCUGAUACAACGAGAGACGAGGCCCUAGAAUGCAUCACUGUUGGUGUGCUGACAGUUGUCAGUGAAGAUAGUCCUCAUGAGGGUCAAAGCUCAGUGGACCUCCAGCCCAUCUCCACUGCCAUCAUUCUGGAGGGAGGUAUUGUAAUGGAUCAUAUUAAAAACUUGCCUCAGGCAGUUUGUCUGUUGUUUGGGCUUACAUAUGCAUUGCAUUUGGAUUACCCAAAAUGCAUGGCAAAUACACUCAACUUCAUUCAGACUGUGAUGCUUGGACUGGGAAAGAAAAAACUCCCACCAAAACUGUUAACUCUGAAGAACAGUCUUCUGGGUUAGAACAGUAAAGAGCCGUCAGCUGUCAGAUAGCACUUUGUAAGCUUUGCAGCCAUUAAUGUUCUCCUGUUAUCAGAGAAAGUUCGAUGCUUUCAUGCAACUGUUCACGCUUAUUUACAAUCUCAAUUUAAAAAAAAAGAAAAAUUCCAUUGAAGUCUGUACCAUGUUAUGCAGGUAUGCUAAUGGUGGAAAUAGAGCUGUUUGCAAAGUGUUGUUAGUUGUUAUUAGAUGAUAAUGUCAGAAAAGAACCUAGCAAGGUUGUCCUGUUUACAUUUGUGUUUUUGGAAAACGUUUAAUAGUUUUAAUGUAGUACAAAUACAAACCCCAAGGAGUGAUGUUUUUCUUUGUGUUGGUUUAAUUUUUGGACUGUUCAAUUUGGUAAACAAAAGUAUUUGUUGUACUUUCAGUUUUUAUCAGAAAUGCACUGAUUUUUCCAUGCACUGAAGUCCUGUAGUUAUCAGGUGUUUACCUGUUUAAUAUUGGGAGACUGUUAUUAGCUCACAGAAAUGUGGUUUUAUUUUUUAUAUUUUUCCAUAUCAUUUUCUACAGUUAAAUCAAACAACAACUUUGUUGUUUAGCUGCUGUUUGUACUUGAAUGUGCAUUGAAUAAAUGUUGUAAUGGAGCUGAA